AUGGAUCGAGCCCUGGAGCCUGGUCCAAUAAGCCGCCCCUCUCCGGUUGGCUGGAGGAAGCCUUGUCCGUCCAUUCUAUCAAUCAUCCUUGCUGCAGGAACAAGGCAUGGGAGGUUCCAACGAUGGAAACCUGACCAGGGGGGAUCUGGCUCCGGGACUGUCCGACCAGUGCAGAAGUUUGGCCCAUCGUGGGUGCUUCUUCUGGUAGAUAUUGCCAGAAGAAAGCUGGCUGAGCUUUGCGUUUGUUCCAGACGCUUUUCGAUCCCAGAUCAAAUACUUGGUUCGAUGUCCUGGGUCAUUGAUUGA